UGCCCCACCCCAUCUCUUCAACGCUAUCUAUCUCAAUGUAUAAUUCUCAGAGAAAAGGAAAAAAAUACAAAAAAAUACUUAUAGGAAAAGAAUUUAUUCACAUUUAUUCAAGUGCAGGUCUGGCCUUUACAUGAAAAAAUAACUGUCAUCGCUGGAUUCAAUGAUUAUAUACCGCGGUAUGUUCAUAUAUGCACAUGUAUCUACCAUACGAAUUCAAAAGGAAUACAAAGCUUAGAUUGACAGCAGGCUCUACCCUCGAGAAUCAGAAAAAUAACGGAGGAUUUUCAUAAAUAUAUAUGAAUCGGGAAAAUUGCAUCGCAAGAAGACGUACUUGAGUCAUUGUUCGUCCAGAAAAGCUUACCGAUGCGAGGAGAAAUACAAAUUACAGCGGUAAAGAAAACGACCGAGAGAAAGGCCUUUUGAUCUGGACAGACCGCAAAGCAACCAACAUCUGUGAGAGGGGAAAUACAUUAUUAUAAUUGACUAAAACAGGAUAUAAUUGACAAGGUUACAACAAAAUCGUUGUCUCCUGGAUUUAUAAGACGUUUGGAUGAAGAAGGAACCUUCUCGUCAUGACCAACAUGCCGUCAUUUUUGUGGAAAUAGUAUGCUUUUUAAAAAUUGAUCCUCCCUGUAUCUGCUUUGCCCGUCUCGCAAGGCUUGAGGACGGAUUGCAAUAGAAAAGAGGAAAUACGCUUUGAUGGAACAGCAAAUGUUUUGAAUGGCAGUGAAACCGAUGAUGGGUUCUGGAGGAGACAUUUGCUAGAUUUCAGUGUGGAUUUGAGCUCCACGACAAGACGUCGUGGGAAUUCAGGCUCGAGAUCAUUCAUGUACAUUAUAGCCCCGAAGAAUCAUAUCCACGUUGAAAUGAUUCUUUAUGACUUCAUUGCGGAUUUACAGUGAACACAUUGUAGGAAUCAACAGUCUGGGAGGGCGGCCCGGGUGUCGUCAUUAGCACCAUCACUCCGUGCUCCCUGAAUGAUCUAUUAGCCUAUAGAUAAUUAACAGUAAUAACUAGGGUACAGUCUGGAGAGGCCAUCCACACGUUACAGGGGGUUUAUUCUGCACCUGUCAAUAUAAAUGUCACCAAUUUUGAGCAAGGUGUUUUUGUUUUGUGCCACUCUAGGAAUCUAGAAUUAUUUAUUUAAUAUAUUAAUCCCCCCUCUCCCGAACCUUUUAUUGGGUUUUUGGGAAGAUGGGUUGUCUGGGCAAUAGUAAGACCGAAGACCAACGUAAUGAAGAGAAGGCACAGAGGGAAGCAAAUAAAAAGAUAGAGAAACAGCUUCAAAAAGACAAGCAGAUAUACCGAGCAACUCACCGGCUACUACUAUUAGGUGCUGGUGAAUCUGGGAAGAGCACAAUCGUCAAACAGAUGCGAAUAUUGCAUGUGAAUGGUUUCAAUGCAGAGGAGAAAAAACAGAAGAUUCAAGACAUAAAAAACAACAUAAAAGAAGCUAUAGAGACUAUAGUUACAGCCAUGAGUACACUCAUGCCCCCAGUCCAGUUAGCCAACCCAGCACACCAGUUCCGAAUCGAAUACAUCCUGAACCAAGUAAAUCAGAAGGAUUUUGAAUUUACAUCGGAGUUCUAUGAGCACGCAAAGACCCUCUGGCAGGAUGAGGGAGUGAAGGCCUGCUUUGAGAGAUCCAAUGAGUACCAGCUGAUCGACUGUGCCCAGUACUUUUUAGAUAAGAUUGAAAUCGUGAAGCAAAAUGACUACACUCCCACCGACCAGGACUUAUUGAGAUGCAGAGUACUGACUUCAGGGAUCUUUGAGACAAGAUUCCAAGUGGACAAAGUCAAUUUCCAUAUGUUCGAUGUUGGAGGUCAGAGGGACGAGCGCCGGAAGUGGAUUCAGUGUUUUAACGACGUGACAGCCAUUAUCUUUGUGGUGGCCAGCAGCAGCUACAACAUGGUGAUCCGGGAAGAUAACCAGACCAACCGCCUGCAGGAGGCCCUCAACCUCUUCAAGAACAUUUGGAACAACAGGUGGCUACGAACCAUUUCUGUCAUCCUCUUCCUGAACAAACAGGACCUGCUGGCCGAGAAGGUGCUGGCAGGGAAAUCUAAAAUCGACGAGUAUUUCCCAGAAUUUACACGCUACACUACACCGGAUGAUGCAACACCAGAGCCAGGAGAGGAUCCCCGGGUGACAAGGGCGAAGUACUUCAUUCGCGACGAGUUUCUGAGGAUCAGCACAGCCAGCGGAGACGGCAGGCACUAUUGCUACCCCCAUUUCACCUGCGCAGUGGACACGGAAAACAUCAGGCGCGUCUUCAACGACUGUCGAGACAUCAUUCAGAGGAUGCACCUACGGCAGUACGAGCUCUUGUGAUGGGAGUUGGGAGACCCCGGGUGUUCCGCCAAUCGUUGACCAGUUAGCCCCCUCCUCACUCUGCCAGCCCCUCCCCUUCCAUCCUGACAGACAGCUCCUGGUGACACUGUUUUCGAAAGAUGUGACUCCCAAACACAGCGCCGUACCAGUAACAAGCCGGGGACUGCUCAACUCUCCACCGCACUUUGAACCCGUGCUCAGGACUGCAGAUGGCUCUUCAUCCACCUGUUGUCCUGCACACCACAGGCACCCAAACACGUACAUGUACACACUCUCAUACACGCAAAAGCCUUUUCUAAGUUAAAAUGUCUAACGUUCAUUCUUUUCACUUGGAAAUAUUCCGACACACACACACACACACUUUUUACCUUGUCGCACUGUUUUCAGUGUUGACAAGCUAAAGUGCAGUGCCUGAGUUACUGCGACUUAGAAGUUCUCCAGAGAUACAGCGUAUAUGCUGAAGGAUCCUGGGAAGGAGAGGAUGGACAAGUUAAAGGGAUGGAGGAAUGUACCCAUAAAGUGGGGGGUUGGGAGCUGAUUCCGCCCAGGAAUGGAUGAACGGAGGGACAGAUGGACGUACAGCUGAGUGUGACUCGGACGUAAGACUUUCACAUGACUUUCGCUUCUGGAAUCAAUGAAGAGGAUAGGCGAAAACAUACAAUGCAUUUAUCCAUGCAUAAAUUGAAUUUCAUGCAGUGCAAAAAAAAAACAAGCUAUAUAAAUAUAUAUAGAUAUUUAUAUAUGUGUGUAUAUAUGUAUGUAUGUAUGUAUAUAUAUAUAUAUACACAUAUAUAUAAUAUAUUCCGGUAAUAACAUGUCAACUUUUCAGUUUGUUAGCUUCCCAUGUGCUGUGUGUUGGUGUACACUGUGUGUGCGCGAUAUGCCUUUGUGCACCAUCUUACCCUGGUUCUCCUGUUUCCUACCUCCCAAAUCCGCCCUACUCUUCUUCUCAUUCUCCUGUUGUUCCACUUCUAGCCAACUCCAGCAACCUGAACAUGAACAAUUUGCAACACUUGGGGAUUAUAGAAGCGGGUUUAUUUAGUUAGCAAAAAAUAUCAGCAACAAACAAAACGUUGGGGAAGAAAAAGACAGACAUGACCCCCACACACGCGCAAACGCACAGAGUCCGGCCUUCAUCACGUACCCCUCCUCAUCCCUGUCCUGUUUCCUCCCACCUCUCCUCUCUCCCAGCCUCUGAGCUCUCAACAUGUCAGUCUUUACUUUACUGCUGGACUAUUAUUCUUGUACAGACUGUAAAAUGUAUUAUUUUGUACAACUUUAUUGAAGAAAAAAAAUUACUUAGAAGAUCCCUGUGCCUUGAUCACGACUGUACGUGUAACAUGAGCUAAGAUUUAAGGUGUGUUUCACAGCGCUGUACAGCUAGGCAGGCCUCAGCCAACCCCCAAGCCGGUGCACCCUGGGUAAGGUUGGGGUGGCAGGGACAAGGCUGCCGUCUGUUGCUUAGUUUUUAAUUUCCCCUUUUUGUUUGUCUGUUGAUUAAUUGUUUUUUCUUUACUUUCCUCUGGUUUAUAUAUAAUAGAAUUUAAAAAAGAAAAAAUAAGCAAACAUGCCACCAUAAUGUUGUGUAGUAAAAUAUAUUGAAUGCUAAUACAAUUUAAUAUACAGUACCAGUCAAUAGUUUGGACACCUACUCUUUAUUUUGACAAUUUUCCAGAUUAUAGAAUAAUAGUGAAGACAUCAAAACUAUGAAAUAACACAGAUGGAAUGUAGUAACCAAAAAGGUGUUAAUCAAAGUAACCAACCUAUGGUGACUAACUCAUGAAACUGGUUGUGAGAAUUCCAUGAGUGUGCAAAGCUGUCAUCAAUGCAAAGGGUGGAUUAUUGUAUGAAUUUACUAAACUAAAUGUAUUUUGAUCUGUUUAAGACCUUUUUGGUUGCUACAUGAUUCCAUAUGUGUUAAUUCAUAGUUUGAUGUCUUCACAAUUUUUCUAGAAUGUGGAAAAUAGUCAAAUAAAUUGACUGGUACUGUAUAUAAAAUAUAUUGCAGAUUGAUAUAUAGUAACCCCAGGUUUCGUAGCUUUUUAUCACCAACAUCGGACUCCAUUUACAGAGGGGGAUCCGUGGGUAAUGGGAGGGGUUGGGUUAUGCUCGUUUAGAUUUCUUUUUUUAAGCUUUAACUCUUUUAAAGUAGAGGAAAAUAUCCAAAUGCAAAACAGUGCUUGUUUCUACAUAAACCAAAUUCUUUUUGCUUCAAAAAAGAAGAUUUUGAUUAGUGUUUUGUUCAUUCCUAGUUCUGCCUUGCAGGGGCUGAGUCUAAUUUCGUUUUUUUAAGCUGCUAUUUGCUGUGAUGCCCAUAUCCGUUAAACGGGGCCUCCUUUAUGUCCGCCCUACUAUCAGAUGGCAACAAAGACGACUUACUCUGCAAUGGCUCUCUGUGUGCAUAGUAGUAUUUGUGUGUUUAUUUGUCAACUUUUGCUAAAUUCAGAAACUCGAGUACACCAACCCUUGGGCUUGAGGCCUAGCCCUUGCCUUUUUCAAAUGGUUGUACUGUGACAGUGGUGGGAAACCAGGACCCAGCAAUUACGAUAAUUUAGUAUGUUUACCUUGAUGUCUCCCAUCCGUUUUCCUAGCCAAACUCGCUGCAGCAAUAAGUGAGUGUAAUUUUAGCACCAAAACCAACUGGCUUUUUCUGUUUUUACAUUGAGUGUUUUCAAUGUACAUCGCUUUUUCAUGUGUCUGACACUUCCUGUACAUUUUGUACAAAGACUUAAAUUACAGCUGUAAAAGCA